AUGGCUUUAGCCUUUCCGGCUUUCUUCUCGCCUUUCUUUCCUGCAACUUUGGCUGGCAUCUUGCUAAAUCAAUACAAAAUGAAUAGAUGUACAGCGCAACUCGUCUUGUAUUUAUAUCAGAAUCGUAAAAGGAUCUAUAAGCAUACGGAUCGAAAUUCUCGAUCAAUGAUUGGCCUGUUACGAUAUACUAACCCAGGGGGUCAAUUUGUAUGUUAUUCUUUCUUUAAUCAGAAAAUUACAAUGCAAUCAAAUUGCGCGAAGCCUAAAAUUGAUUGGUGCUUUUCGAUCCUUCCUGCAUAAUGAGCGAACUAUAAAUAACAGACUUGGUGAAAGUAACCUAUUCAUUCUCAUUGUUAUCAGUUAAGCAAUUCACGACAAACAUGUCUGGUCGCGGUAAAGGAAAAGCUAAGGGCACUAAGUCUAAGAGCCGCUCAUCCCGAGCAGGGCUUCAAUUCCCAGUUGGUCGAAUUCACCGUCUUCUCCGCAAAGGCAAUUACGCUGAGCGAGUUGGCGCCGGUGCUCCGGUGUACUUGGCUGCUGUGCUCGAAUAUCUGAGCGCUGAGAUCCUUGAGUUGGCGGGCAACGCUGCUCGUGACAACAAGAAGACAAGAAUCAUUCCUCGUCACCUUCAGCUGGCUGUCCGUAAUGACGAGGAGUUGAACAAACUUCUUGCCGGUGUCACAAUCGCACAGGGAGGUGUUCUUCCUAACAUCCAAGCCGUACUUCUGCCCAAGAAGACCGAGAAGAAACCCAAGGCAUAAAUCAGCCUUAACCCAUCAAAAACGGCUCCUUUAGGAGCCACCACAUAAUACAAAAGUCUUGACUAGCUAGAUACGAUGAGGUGAAUAAGAACUAUGAAAAUAUCAUCUCAGAACCCCUCCACCCCAGUUUCCAAUUUUAUGUCAUGAAGUGAUAAAUCCAAAGAAUCUUUGGACACGAAUGUCGAUCAACGACCAAAUUAACAUUAUUAAGUUUUCGCGCACCAAAAUCGUAGAAAUAACGACUUCCGAUACGUUAUUCGACGCAAAGUUGUGUAGCUCACGCGCUAAACUCGUUGAUCGCUGAAUUUUAUUUUUGUGGACAUCUCCGGCGGUUAUAACAAAUUACGCCCAAAAUGAGGGAAGGCCGGUGUGAAUUUUAAUGUUCUGUCAAUGUAUUUCAUGCGAACGACGAAACAAAAAUCAGAUAGGAAAAAAAUGUAUUAAACAGGCGUGCUUGGAAAAUACAGCUUGACGAUGUGUAGCUUGGAAGGAAACCAUGGUCAUUUUAAAUAUUACAAUGGCAAAACAAGGCUUGAGAGAGAACAGUGAAAGCGAGUCAGGGCUGCCAUGCGAUAGAAUGUUUGGGCGACUUUAUUCAUCAUUCCAUUGCAUGGGAUGUGCUGUUCUUCGCGCUUCAAUACUUUAUAGUGAUGCGCGAUUUGUUUGACAGAACGAGUGAAGGAUAUACAAUUUUAAUUCACGCAUAAAGGGAAACAAAUUUAUUGGUCACGACUUUUCUUAUCGGGUGGCUCCUAAAAGAGCGGUUUGUAUUGUGUCAGGGCGGUCUGUCUAACCGCCAAAUCCGUACAGAGUUUACGCGCACCAAGAUCUUAGAAAUAACGACGCCGGAAUUUUUACUUGACGCAAAUGUGCAUGAGUUGCGCGCCAAAAUCGUUUAUCGUUGAAUCUUUUAUUACGACAUUACUGGCAGUUAUAAGAAAUUGCUUCUAAUUGCAGUUUGAAAAUUAGCUGGCUUGACUUUAAUUGUAUGGUCAAUUUAUACUCACGCAAUUCAUGAUACAAUACUAACAAGCAACCAGCGAAGUAUGCAACUGGAUCGUUUAUAGCUUUAAGGAAAAUCAUUAUGGUUGUACAAAUAUUCAACUGUAGAAACAAGGUAUGAGGAAGGGAAGGAAGAGGGGAAAGAGAAAGCGGGCAAGUAAUGCCAAGGGGAUUUCAUCCGUUCUUCGUUUGCGCGCAAUGUUCUCUUUCCAAGCUACUGCCCCAUAUCGUGACGCGCACGGAUGGUGCAAUCGUUUUGUUUAGCAAAUGUAUGAGCGAGAUGUAAGCGUUCGUAACACACUUAGAAAAGGCAUACAUGUGUAUUGAUCAUGACUUUCUUUGCAUUUGGUGGCUCCUAAAGGAGCCGUUUGUUUAGUGUUAAGAGUGUCUGUCUAACCGCCAAAUCCGUAAAGAGUGCGGCCUUGUCUCUUUAGAGCGUACACCACAUCCAUGGCUGUCACAGUCUUUCUCUUGGCGUGCUCCGUGUAUGUCACAGCAUCACGGAUCACGUUCUCGAGAAAAACUUUGAGAACACCACGGGUCUCCUCGUAGAUUAG